AUGAAAAAAAAGACUCACUCAACGGUUUAUUGUUCACAAAGAGAAGAAGUUGAAUUAACAAAACCAUCUAAUAAAAGUUAUUCCAUCUAUCUACACAUGUCCGAAGAAACAAUCGUUAGCAGUGGUUUAAGUCGGCUUAACUUCAACUCACUUAUCAUUGUAGUCUCAGUAAAGGUAAAGUAUGCUAAACAAAACAAUAGAAACAAACAGAAUUUAACAACAGUUCCGCCUAGCAGCGAAAGCAAAGAAAUUUUAAAUGCAGAGAAGCAGAAAAUCGGAAUAUUCUUUGAUUUCCACAGCAUGAGACGAUGUGAAUAA